AUGGCUUCGCCUUUUGAAACAGAGGGCAGUUUCCUAACGCAAGAACAAGCAGACCAUAUUAACGAGAGGCAUGUUUUUAAAAAAGAACAUGUUAAGACCUCUAAGUUUGGGUUACAAUUUGAUUUAGUCGACAUGUUAAAGAAUGUAUCGGAGCUCACAUGGGAAGAGAACAGCGAAGAUGUGGUUUUAUUAGACGAGGGAUGGAAAGAAUGUCACGGACAUUUUUAUUUGUUCGUGUUUAAAGUCAACAAGCAAAUCGGCGUUGAUCCAGGGAUUCUAUUCUCAAUAGGGAUUCUAUUCUCAAUUUCUAAGUAAGAAAAACAGAUCCUACUAAUCGUCUUUUGCCGAACCCACAAACGGUUCUUUUAAGAGCCACCACAUGAUUAAAAAUUAAUAUCCAAUACUGAGACAGGGCUAUAUGUGUCUAUAGCAUGGUUUGGAAAGACUUGUUUAUUUUUUCUUUUUCUUUCGUCGGGAACGUGCGUAGCGCAAAGCGCUACGCAUUAGUACUGACGCCAGGUAAAUUUUAAAUACGUUUAAGCUUACGGGUUCGAUUCUCUCUUUCUCUCUUUCAGGUCUUUCUUUUUUCUAAGACCUAAGAGCAAAAUUAUUUAGCUGACUCAGCGAGAUUACAUGCAGAUUUUUGAAGCACGUGUGAAUUAGCAUACGAAAUCACUGAGUGGAACGCGUUAAUAAAUCUCUCGUUCACAUUUUUAUAAUCCACACACUUUUGAAGAUGUCAACGGAUAAGGAACUCGGGGAAGCUUGGUUUGGCUGUCAAGCUGAAGUAAAACAUCUUAAGGCUGUUGUAAAACUGAAAAAACCUCACAUUUUAACACUCAAAGAGUAUAUUCGAACCCUCAAAAGAAAAGAGAUAAAGAGACAACAAAGAGAGAAGAAGAAAGACGCUGAGAAGAAAGAAGUGAAAAAAGAAGAGAAGACUUUGAUCUAUGAUAAUAUGGUUGGCGACAUGAAUAUCUUACGCGCUAAAUGUCAACGAUAUCUUAAAACACUGUAAUAAAGUACUUCUUAACCAUGGUAUUCAGGUCUUUAUUUUUCUUUGAAAGGUUCGUAGCGGCAUGGUAGCGAAAUGGUGAUCGCGUUGGGCUCAUAACCCGAAGGUACGAGGAUCAAAACCUCGCUACGCGUUCUUUUUCUUUAAUAGAGACUCUAUGGCCGAAUGGAUAAUGUGCCUGACUACGGAUCAGGAGAUUCCAGUUUCAAGUCCUGGUAGAGUCGAUAAAAUUUUU